AUGUUACUUUGGGAAUUAACUAGUGGUCGUCGGCCAUUUGAAAAAUAUUCACUUAGUAUUUUAUCUAGUUACAUCAUUCAAGGCCAUAGAGAAGAAACCAUUCCUGAAACUCCUAAAGAAUAUAGUGAUCUUUAUAUAAAAUGUUGGGAUGCUAAGCCAGAUGAACGUCCGUGUAUUGAAACUGUUCAUGAAGAAUUAAAAAAAUUAAUGAAGUGCUCUAUUGAAAUUUGUCCUAAAGACGACGAUGAUAUAAGAUUAACAGAAAAUAAUGAAAGUAACGAUUCGGGUACUGGAAUAUUUUCAGAUUCUGGUAUUCAAGGUUUAUCCAUUAUUAAAGAUAAAUCAGAUAAAUCGUAA